UCGAGUGGAUUUCAUGAAUCGUACGCGCUCGGGUGGGAUCGGAGGCUUUCGGGGACACUCGGCCGCUUAGGCGGGCGGCCUUUCAGUCAACGCAAAGGGAGGGUGCUGACUCCACGCAAAAAUUCUCCGAUGUGGAACAUCGUUCACAUUUACUAUUGUAAUAAACAUUUUACAAUUGAGUGGACACGUUCAAUACACCCCGGAAAGUAAACGUAUAACAUUAUUAGCGAAUGUUCUGUUGAUAGUGAGUGAUGUUUUAUAGUUUGUAGUGGAAUUGGAUGGUGAACGUUUGAAACUAAAUUACGGCGGGAAAUAUGACUCGCUCGGCUCGGAGCUUGGAUCCAAUUAAGAUUCUGAGGAACGCUGUGAGGUCGCGAAUAAUGAGAAUUUGAGAAACGCCGAUCAGCCGGGAAUGACGUUUAGCGGAGAAGAAGAGAGGGGCGCGGGGUGAGCAGGCGCGUGGCAUGUGGGUGCUGCUGAUGCUGGCGUUGGCGGGGGCCGCCGUGGCCGAGUGCCCGCGCCACUGCGAGUGCAAGUGGCGCAGCGGCAAGGAGUCCGCGCUGUGCGCCCGCGCCGGCCUGACCGCCGUGCCCCCGCGCCUCGACCCCACCACGCAGCUCCUCGACCUCUCCGAAAAUAAACUGACCACCCUUCAGAACGAUGCAUUCGCCUCCGCCAACCUCCUCAAUCUCCAACGCCUUUACCUUUCAUCUUGUAGCGUCAAAUUUAUACGCCAGCACGCCUUCCGCGCUCUAGUAAACCUAGUCGAACUAGAUUUAUCAAAGAACAAUAUACAAUCCGUGCCGUCACACGCUUUCGACUCAAUUUCCGAACUCCGAGAGCUGAGGCUAACCAAAAAUUCAAUUAUCAAAGUCAGAGACGACGCUUUCAUAGCAGUGCCCCAUUUAGUACGGCUAAGCCUUAGUGAGAAUAAAAUAGCCGAGAUAGAACCGAGAGCGUUUACAGGGUUGGAAGGUUCACUGGAAUACUUGGAACUAGAUAAGAAUAAACUGCACGUUCUCCACGUAGCAGUUUUGGCGCCCUUACGAUCGCUGAAGGGAUUAGAGCUUGCUGGAAAUCCAUGGGAGUGUACGUGUGCUUUGCGACCAAUGAGGGAUUGGAUGAUUAAGAAAAAUGUCCCCGCAACAGUAGUUCCCGAUUGUUCCCUGCCUCCGCGGCUCAUGUCCAUGUCUUGGGAUCGUCUGGACUUGGAGGAUUUCGCCUGUCCUCCUGAAGUCAGUGCCGCGUCUAAUAGUUUUAAAAGUGUUGAGGGUGAAGAAGUGACGUUAGUGUGUCGAGUGAGCGGCGUUCCCGCGCCGCGGGUGCGGUGGGUGCGCGCGGGCCGCCUUCUUGCCAAUUCUAGUUCUCAUAAUGUAAAUUCCGGUAGAUCUUUUAUAUUACGUAGUGAAGGAAAAACGAGUAAUUUAACUAUUAAAGCAGCAGAUUUGCAAGAUACAGGCUCGUAUACUUGCAAUGCAGAAAACCGAGCGGGAAAAGCAGAGGCGGUUGUGAGCCUCGUCGUGGAGAAAAAGCCUCAGGGCAAAGGCUUCGGCGGUCGAGCUCUCAUGGCCGGUAUGGCGGUGUCCGCUGUGAUAGUGUUAAGUUCAUGUUUAGUUGGACUGUGCGCGUAUGAAACUCGUAAAAAAAGACAAUUAGAUAGGUGGAACGAACAGAUAGUGACCACUAAUCGCCGCGAUGACAAUUACGAGAAGAUAGAGGCUAAUAUAAAGGGUGUGGUGGAGGUGCCGCGGGUGUUGCCGGCAGACAGCGGCCGGAAGAGGGGGGACUACAGGAACGUCCCCUCGCACGACCCGGAGGACGACUGCGCAGGUUACUUGCGCGAGGAGGUGCGCGAGGAACGAGACCCCAUGUCGCUGUCCUUCGACGCAGGGUGGCGGAGACCUGAGUUUGAUAACUCGGUCAGCAGAAAUGGAAUACUUGAGCGAGAUUUGCAUAUACCCCGCUUGAAGGAUUACAGCAAACGUACUGACGAAACCCCCGAGUCUGUCGCGAGCUCGACAUCAACGAGCGUGCUGAGUGCGCACGCCGAGCACUCAUCGGCCAACCGGUUCAACAACAACCCGCGCGCGCGGCCGCGCCUGCGCCACGAGCGGCUCGACAACGACCUCUCCGGCAGCGACAGCGAGAAAAACUAUCCAGACCUCAUCGAGAUGAGCGCUCUAGGCACCUCCUCGUACCUCCGAAGCGAAAUGAAACACGACCCGUACUAUUUCUAUACGAUCCCCAGGAGAAAAGACGGCGAGAGCCGAAGCCCCCUUUUAAAUAGUAGAAGAAACAGUUCUGGAGGCGAUUCUGGGACCUUUUUUGACCGGAUUUACGAUAAGAAUCAGCCGAGGAACGUUGGACGACGCUCUAAUAGCUUUCUCGACUUAUCGUCGGGCGGUAAUCGGUUGCGACGAAAUCCGAGCUUACCCUCAUCUCCAGCCCGAGAGCAGCCCACCGUACCGUCCGCUACCCCCCUCCUCGAUCUGUCCGGCCUCCGCGACUACACGCGCAUGGAUCAGCCGAUGGAGGACUUCGAUUUCCGUGCUUCACAACUUGAGAAGUUUCUAGAGGAAUAUCGGACGUUGCGUGAACAGUUAUCGAGAAUGAAAGAGACGAGAGAGAAUCUGCAGAGGAAUAGAGCGGUUGACAAUGAGGAGUUGAGGUCAAUUUUGAAAGGUAAACCUAGUGUGGCUGUGACUGAGAUGUCUUCAGGGGCGCUGGCGGACGCGGCGUCGCCGCUGGCGAUGAGCCCGCCAGAGUACAAGCCGCACCAGCCCCGCCCCGAGUGGCUAACCACAUUACUUUAUCGCAAUUAAGUCUCUGUAAAUAAGUAGCAUUAAUAUUUGAACUGAUGUUAGAGUAAGAAUAAAUGUUUGUAAAACAUUCUUUGAACGUUGAAAUAAAACAUUUAAGGAGGUCAUA